UAAAUUUAGAACGCCUCAUAAACUCCCCAAUAUUUAUAUUUCUACCCAUUCAAAACAUUGUCAUAACUUUACAUUUUGCAGCUUAUUCAUAAAAUCAACAAAUAUUUCCUUUCCCUCGCUAUUUACCGGCUAAAGAUACAGUCCCUAAACACAAUGAAGAUCUUUAAGGACAUUAUCACUGGCGAUGAGAUGUUCACCGACACCUACAAAAUGAAACUGGUGGACGAUGUGAUCUACGAGGUGCAAGGCACCCUGAUCAGUCGUAAUCAGGACAACAUUGUGCUGUCUGGUGCCAAUCCCUCAGCCGAGGCUGAUGAGGAGGGCAACGAUGAGAGCAUCGAAACUGGCGUUGAUAUCGUAUUGAAUCAUCGUCUGCAGGAAUCUUUUGCCUUUGCCGACAAGAAAUCGCUUACACUGCACUUGAAGGGCUACAUGAAAAAGGUGCUUGAAUUGUUGCAGGAAUCUUCCCCGGAUCAGGUCGAUGUCUUCAAGAACAACAUGAACACAACAAUGAAGGGUAUUCUGGGACGUUUCAAUGAAUUGCAAUUCUUCACAGGUGAAUCAAUGGACAUCGAGGGCAUGGUUGCCAUGUGCGAAUAUCGCGAGAUUGGAGACGAAACUCUGCCCGUCUUUAUGUUCUUUAAGCACGGUCUCAUCGAGGAGAAGGUCUAAGCAUCGACUGCGAUUUUGUGGCGUAUUGUAAUUUAUCAAUUUUGUUGCAUUAAAGAGAAAAAGCUACAUGGAAAA